UUCACUCUGUCUCGAGCGGUCAAAAUGGAACGGAUUACAAGUUGUAUCGUGUCCCUGUACUCCUUUUUAACUGUAGAGUGUUUGUUGUUUCAUGGUCAAACAAACGCUACGCCAGCAUCCAAUGGGCAACUAUAUAUCAAUGUGGACAGUCAAAUACGUCAUUUACAAACAGUUUUGGAUUCAGUACUUACGGACGUAGUAUCUUUGAAACAGGAAAACCAUCAACAGCAAACGAGGAUAUCCUUCUUGGAAAAUGAACUUAAAAACGUUCAGAGAGAAAACAGCAUAAUGAAAAGCAAAAUAGACAAUUCGAGUUCUACCUCCACUUUCUUAUUGCAACAAAAUACCAUUCUGAAAGAGGAACUAAAUUCUUUGAAUACUACCUGCAUGCUGAUUCAACAAAAUAUGACCACUCCUGAGGAUAUAAGAAGACUGACAGAUGUCUUAACUUUUGAAAUGGAGCAGAUGAUUAGAGAAGGUGAAAAAAAAAAAGAUGAACAUGUCUCCUACCAUUAAGGAUCUACAAGUCCGGGACCGAUAUUUGUCACUCUCUGUGUUAGAUGUACACAACGAAACUGCAACAUUAAAAUCCUCCCUAGAAGAACACCAAAAAUCAACCAAACUUCAAAUUCAAAACUCUUCACUUUCCAUGUAUAAUGAAAUAACCAAAGUGAAUGAUUCACUUUCCAAUCUUCGGAGAGCAUGUACUGGAUCUAAUGUAGCUUUCACAGCUGGAGCUCAUGGUUUAAGAGAUAAAUACACUGUUGGACAGACUGUUAUUUUUGGUAGGGUCGUAUACCAGGUGGGCGGGGGAUAUAAUCCUACAACAGGCGUGUUCACUGCGCCAAAGGCUGGACUCUAUCUUAUAUUUUGUACUGUUGUGGCAAACUACGGUCACACCUUCUGGACCACAAUAAAGAUUAAUGGUUCAACAAAGACAGGAGUAAUGGCGUAUAAUCCUGAAUCUUUAAAUAUCUACCAGUCAGCGUCCAACCUUGUUGUGUACCACCUAGAGGCGGGGGACAGGGUCUGGAUACAAUUGUACAGCGGGGACACACUGUACAGUGGUUUCCCAGACUCAACCUUCUCAGUUACCUUGAUCAAUGGUUCAGAAUGACACUGCUAUUGCUACAUUACAGUUUUAAAAAGUAAAUACCAUAUACAUGAUUUAAUAAUCGAACUAUACAUAUCAGAAAGAAGUCUGAAAGAAAACUGCGUUUUUACUACGGAUAACUCAGUUUACCUGAUCAAGAUAUAGGGCUCCCGACCGGUCGACAGGGGGUGCUUACUCUUCCUAUCUAUUUGAUCCCGGUCGCACGAAUGUCGUUCUGAUUGAUUUGAAAGAAGAUAGUUGCAUGCGUAACACGCCAAUGUCACAAUAUUUGGAUAACUUGAUAAAUUUGGAUAUUCAUUCUCAAAACGUUCAUUAUGAUUAUUAUCGUCUACAUCUAACAAUACCGGUAUCUAUAGUUUACGAAUGUUAAUUGCAAAAGAAGUUUAUCAUCUGUGUAUACAUGUUACAUCUGUACGUGAUUUACAUUUGACACAAAUCUAUUUAACUGUGCUUUGAUUUAAUUAUGCUUUAUUUGUAUUUGAUAAUUGUUUCACGUUCUUGCAAUAAUUGCUCACUUUGACUUUAGCAUGGCGCUAACUGCCGUAGCAGUGUUCUUUAUAGAGUCAACGCACACAGUGGCAUGAUGCCUUCUUUGUAUGCUCAUCUCCGAAAGACACGCGUUUUUCACAUUUAAUGCUAAGAAUUUAUGAAAGUAACUUAUGUUAAACGUCUAAAGCAAACUUCUUUCUCGGAGAAUAUUUAUAAGCCGUGCACAAAAAUCGGAAUGCGGAAAGCGAAACAUGGCGAACGGAGGUCAUGUCAAGCAUUGCUGUCUGCCAUUUUGUAACGGUGAUGAACGCUUCCAUCAAAUUUUGUCAUUCCCUUACUCUGGGGAUCAUCAAAUUUACAAUUUUGGUAAAAGACUACUUGAUCUAUGAAAAGCGAAGAUAAUGAACAGUGAUCAACUCCUAUAAGCAAUACAAAAUAAAUAUCUGGGCAAAGACGGACCCCUGGAAACACCAGUGGUGGGAUCAGGUGCCCAGGAAGAGUAAGCAUCCCCUGUCGACCGGUCACAACCGCCGUCAGCCCUAUAUCCUAAUCAGGUAAACGGAGUUAUCCGUAGUCAAAAUCAGUGUGCAAAGAACGGCUUAACAAUCGGUAUGAAACACGUCAGACAGUAUUUAGUUUCAAUUUUAAAUCAAAAGCACUAAAUGAAAUGUUAUUUAAGUGUUUUACACAUAAACACUUUAUAACUAGUUUGGUCCCGCCCUGAGGUCAGAACCCCUACACCAGGGAUCAUGAAAUUUACAAUUUGGGUAGAGGCCUUCGUGCUCUACAUCACUAUAUAUUUAGUUUUUCUUACAUAUGUGAAAGGCAAAGAUAACGAACAGUGAUCAAUCUCUUCCAGAGAAUAAGAUUUUUGAAAAUUGGUCAAUUAUGAACAGUUUUUGCCCAGUCCCUAGGACCCCAGGGGUGAAGGAAUCCUGAAAUCUACAAUUUUACAACAUGCGUGAACAAGAGGCCUGUUCUUAAUAUUUAAACUAAAUUCUAAUGUUUAGCAACAGUAUAAAACAAGAAGUGUUCUUAAGACUUCACUGCCCUCAAAAGUACAUACAUUGAUGAAAGGCUUUAAAUAAUAGGUGUAUUAACAUUAAAACAUCAAAAGAUAUGACUAAUUUGGACUCCUCUUAAAGGCAUAACCCUUGGUUGUUACACAUAAAUACUAUAUACUAAGUUUGGCCCCACCCUGGGGUCAAAACCCUUACUCUGGGAAAAAUCAAAUUUACAGUUUUGGUAAAAGACUACCUUCUCUAUCCAUUUAGUUUCAACUUGGUAUCAAAAGCACUGAAGAAAAUGUAAUUUAAGUGUUUUACACAUACAUGCUAUAUAACAUGUUUGGCCCCGGCCUGGGGUCAGAACCCC